GUCACUAUGGGGGCUACUUUUAUGUGAAUGCAAGAAGAAAAUGACUCCUCAGAGAAGGCGUGUGAUCACUACCGACUGCCCUUCAAAAACGACUGUGAGGAGCUUCUGGGCCGCUUUCAGCAAACAGAGUCGGUUCGAUAUGAAGAAUUUUCUGCUAUCUGGAGAGAAAUGAACUUCUCAAGUGUGUUUUUUGGAAACCAAACAGACCAUGAGAAGAGAUCCUUCACUCGCCUUACUUUUACAACAGUCUACAAUUACUUUCUACCACCGUACAGCUUUCAAAUUCGAGUGGGGGCCCUGUAUAUGAUCUAUGGUCUUUACAACACACAACUUGUUUGGCCUAAAGAAAAGAUCAGGGUUGCUCUUAAGGAUUGGUAUGAAGUGCAGAAGCUUAUCUUGGAGGCAAAAAGUUGCCAGCAUCUGGAUGUUGUUUACAUCUUUAGGAGACUUUUGUCUGAUAAAGUCUUUACUUUCACUGCCAUGCCCAAGCAGCUAACAUUUGAAGCGAGUCAGCGGAUUCAGCAUGAUGUAAAUGAAGAGUUUCGGGCCCGUAGUGACAGAGUGGCCGAACUUGCUUCCUUUGAAAUGCUGGAAGAGGUUGCAAAUGUGCACAAUCACUAUGAGAGAAUGAAGGCAUCAUCAGUGCCCACAUCAGUUGGGGUGACUCUGCUUAACCUGACGGGUUUACUUAAGAAAUGCACUCUUGAGUACCAGCAUUGGCAGCACAAAAACACGGCUGCAAAAGAUAAAGACUCUAAAAAGACUGAAACCACUCAGAAGUCAGAGUCCAGUGACAGAGCAGAUCUGCUUGCUGCCAUCAAGUCCAAAUCAUAUGGUCAUCUGUCAAAGGAAUCUAAAUCUAGGCACCACAGACAGAAAAAGAUGCUCGUGUCGGGAUCUGUAACUGAUCAAACCCUGUUUGAAUGCAAGAAACCUACCUCCCUCAGGGCCAGAACCUACCAAAACCUUGGCAAAUCAGGGGAGGCACAACCGAUGAAGGUAUGGCUUCUGACUAUGAUGGAGGAAGACAAGAAUGCAUUGAAACGAAAAGACCAGAGAAGAUUCAAGUGGUGAAAUGACUGCAUAGCAGUGGACAAAGAGAACAUUUUAUUAUGCCGUGUCAUUAAAACGGCGAGUUUUCUGUCUUGGCUACUGUACAUAAAAUUGAGAAAUUAAGCUUUGCGUUGUGUAGUCCACAGACAGUGUUGUUUUAUUUCAUACUGUGUUCUCAAACAUUAUAGAAUGUUAUUUAGGUCUUGUGUGAUGUUUUGGUUUGGACAAAAAUAAAUGUAUAUAAUAAUGUAUUAUCUUGCCUUGGAGUGCAUUUCUGAUUUGGCAUUUGUACACAAUUCUCUCUUUUUCUUUUUUUCUGCAUUGUCUUCUAUCUAGGUUUUGAAACCCGCUUUAUGACUUUCAAUGUGCUGUUUUGGGCCUGUGCCAAAUAUUCAUAAACAGCCUUGCAACCUUCAAUCAUCUUGUGAUUACAACAAGAAAGCAUCCAAAUAACCAGAGAAUCAAAUAGAUGGUAAGAGUAUUAAAUGCCACGUGGGCUCCGUGCCCAUGAAGAGUUCAUAUGCAACAUCUGA